UUUCCAGCCCCAUGUGUCCCUGUGCAAAAUCCACCACAAAUAACAUGCAGAACAAACGUAGCAACAUUGUCUUGGACAAAAUCCUUGGGUGCAGACAGCUACAAUUCCAGUGUUACUGCUCUCGAGGAAAAUACACAUUUCUGUUCUACAGAAAACCAAGAGUGCAAUAUUAAUGGACUUAUGUGUGGUCGGAUAUAUAGUGUAACUGUUUCAGCCAUCAAUGCUAACUGUAGCAGCCCACUGAGUGUCCCUUCUAAUCUGACAACAGUGCCCUGUCAGCCUCAAAAUGUUACAGCACAAAUAGAUUGUUCAAGGUCUGUGGCCCAUAUCAGCUGGGAUUCAGCCCCUGGAGCUCUACACUAUACAUCCACAUUAAGGACAUCAGACGGGACAGAGCUCAUGUGUAAUAGCAGUGAUCUGACCUGUGAGAUCAGCAGCUUGCAGUGUGGGCAGGUGUACACUGUGACAGUGAUGGCAUUUAAUGAUUAUUGUGCAAGCACACCCAGUUUUCCAGUAGAUUUGCAUUCUGUACCUUGUGUGCCCACUGAAGUCCAUCCUGAGGUCAGCUGUGAAUCUAACAUAGCCACUGUGCAAUGGGCUGUAGGCAAAGGAGCUGUGAAUUACACUGUAACGGUUACUGGACCACUUACGGAGAAGUAUCAGUGUCAAACAGCUAACACCUCAUGUAGUUUCCCCCAGCUUUCCUGUGGUUUGGAAUACAACGCCUCACUUGUUGCUGUGGGACACACAUGUAGCAGUGAUAAAAGUGCUGUGGCUUUAUUUCAUACCGUGCCCUGUGUCCCCAGUGCUGUACAGGCAGGUGUCAACUGUGAUUCUAAUUUAAUAACCGUGACUUGGAAUUCAUCCCUUGGAGCCCUGAAUUACUCUACAGUAAUAACGGGUCCUGCUGGAGAUGCACAUGUCUGCCAAGAGGUGAACACAAUGUGUAGCUUUUCCAACCUCUCCUGUGGUUUGGAGUACAACACCACAGUCUCUGCAAAUGGAUAUACAUGUAGCAGCCAUCCCAGUGCCAUUGCAACAAUUCACACUGUUCCAUGUAGAACAACAAGCUUAAAUAUGCAAUAUAACUGCAAUGAUGACAAUGCAGAGCUCUCCUGGAAAGCAGCUGUUGGAGCGUUGGGAUACACAACUACUGUCAGCACUCAAGACAUGGAAAAUGUGAACUGCAGCACAAGAGAGACAAGUUGUAUUGUCUAUGGGAUAAAAUGUGGGCAGAUAUACACUAUGACUGUGGAAAGCUUUGGUGUAAAUUGCAAUAAUAACGUCACAUCAAUAAUGACCUUUCCAACAGCUCCCUGUGUCCCUGAGCAGCAGCCCUCACAGUUCACUUGUGAUACCAACACAGCAUCAUUGUCUUGGGGUAGAACACUAGGAGCAGCAAGAUAUAUCUCCAAUGUCACUGCUCCAAAUGUGGAGACACUCACCUGCGAGACCAGCGACAUGACUUGUAAUAUUACAGAUUUCCAUUGUGGGCAGGUAUACACCGCAAUUGUCUCAGGCAUCAACCCUCAGUGCAGAAGUCUAGAAAGUCUCCCCACUACAAUCACAACUGUUCCAUGCCAGCCGCAGAAUGUGACUGCUAAAAUAGACUGCACUUCUUCUGUUGCCUCUGUGAGUUGGGAUGUUGCCCCAGGAGCCCUGAGAUACUCAGCAACAUUAAAGGCAUCUGGAGGAGAGAAACUGAUGUGUAACAGCACUGAACUUGGCUGUCAGGUGAAAAACCUGCAGUGUGGACAGAUUUAUGUUGUAACUGUAACUGCUUUUAAUGAAUGGUGUCAGAGUGCAUCCAGCUCUCCAAUAGAACUUUUAUCAGUUCCUUGUGUGCCCACUGAAGUCCAUCCUGAGGUCAGCUGUGAAUCUAACAUAGCCACUGUGCAAUGGGCUGUAGCCAAAGGAGCUGUGAAUUGCACUGUAACGGUUACUGGGCCACUUACAGAGAGAUAUCAAUGUCAAACAGCCAACACCUCAUGCAGUUUCUCCCAGCUUUCAUGUGGUUUGGAAUACAACGCAUCAGUUGUUGCUGUGGGACACACAUGUAGCAGUGACAAAAGUGCCGGGGCUUUAUUUCAUACUGUGCCCUGUGUCCCCAGUGCUGUACAGGCAGGUGUCAACUGUGAUUCUAAUUUAAUAACCGUGACUUGGAAUUCAUCCCUUGGAGCCCUGAAUUACUCUACAGUAAUAACGGGUCCUGCUGGAGAUGCACAUGUCUGCCAAGAGGUGAACACAAUGUGUAGCUUUUCCAACCUCUCCUGUGGUUUGGAGUACAACACCACUGUCUCUGCAAAUGGAUAUACAUGUAGCAGCCAUCCCAGUGUCAUUGCAACAAUUCACACCGUUCCAUGCAGACCAGAGGACCUCAAUAUGCAAUAUAACUGCAAUGAUAACAAUGCAGAGCUCUCCUGGAAAGCAGCUGUUGAAGCGUUGGGAUACACAGCUACUGUCAGCACUCAAGACAUGGAAAAUGUGAACUGCAGCACAAGAGAGACAAGCUGUAUUGUCUAUGGGAUAAAAUGUGGGCAGAUAUACACUAUGACUGUGGAAACCUUUGGUUUAAAUUGCAACAACAUUGUCACCUCAACAGUGACCUUUCCAACAGCUCCCUGUGUCCCUGAGCAGCAACCCUCACAGUUCAGUUGUGAUACCAACACAGCAUCAUUGUCUUGGGGCAGAACACUAGGAGCAGCAAGAUAUAUCUCCAAUGUCACUGCUCCAAAUGUGGAGACACUCACCUGCGAGACCAGCGACAUGACUUGUAAUAUUACAGAUUUCCAUUGUGGGCAGGUAUACACCGCAAUUAUCUCAGGCAUCAACCCUCAGUGCAGAAGUCUAGAAAGUCUCCCUACUACAAUCACAACUGUUCCAUGCCAGCCGCAGAAUGUGACUGCUAAAAUAGACUUCACUUCUUCUGUUGCCUCUGUGAGUUGGGAUAUUGCCCCAGGAGCCCUGAGAUACUCAGCAACAUUAAAGGCAUUGGGAGGAGAGAAACUGAUGUGUAACAGCACUGAACUUGGCUGUCAGGUGAAAAACCUGCAGUGUGGACAGAUUUAUGCUGUAACUGUAACUGCUUUUAAUGAAUGGUGUCAGAGUGCAUCCAGCUCUCCAAUAGAGCUUGAAUCAGUUCCAUGCAGUGCAACGGACCUCAAUAUGCAAUAUAACUGCAAUGAUAACAAUGCAGAGCUCUCCUGGAAAGCAUCUCUUGGAGCGUUGGGAUACACAGCUACUGUCAGCACUCAAGACAUGGAAAACGUGAACUGCAGCACAAGAGAAACAAGUUGUAUUGUCUAUGGGAUAAAAUGUGGGCAGAUAUACACUAUGACUGUGGAAAGCUUUGGUGUAAAUUGCAACAACAAUGUCACCUCAACAGUGACCUUUCCAACAGCUCCCUGUGUCCCUGAGCAGCAGCCCCCACAGUUCACUUGUGAUACCAACACAGCAUCAUUGUCUUGGGGUAGAACACUAGGAGCAGCAAGAUAUAUCUCCAAUGUCACUGCUCCAAAUGUGGAGACACUCACCUGCGACACCAGCGACAUGACUUGUAAUAUUACAGAUUUCCAUUGUGGGCAGGUAUACACCGCAAUUGUCUCAGGCAUCAACACUCAGUGCAGAAGUCUAGAAAGUCUCCCUACUACAAUCACAACUGUUCCAUGCCAGCCGCAGAAUGUGACUGCUAAAAUAGACUGCACUUCUUCUGUUGUCUCUGUGAGUUGGGAUAUUGCCCCAGGAGCUCUGAGAUACUCAGCAACAUUAAAGGCAUCGGGAGGAGAGAAACUGAUGUGUAACAGCACUGAACUUGGCUGUCAGGUGAAAAACCUGCAGUGUGGCCAGAUGUAUGCUGUAACUGUAACUGCUUUUAAUGAAUGGUGUCAGAGUGCAUCCAGCUCUCCAAUAGAGCUUGUAUCAGAUCCAUGCAGUGCAACGGACCUCAAAAUGCAAUAUAGCUGCAAUGAUAACAAUGCAGAGCUCUCCUGGAAAGCAUCUCUUGGAGCGUUGGGAUACACAGCCACUGUCAGCACUCAAGACAUGGAAAAUGUGAACUGCAGCACAAGAGAAAUCUACUGUAUUGUCGAUGGGAUAAAAUGUGGGCAGAUAUACACUAUGACUGUGGAAACCUUUGGUAUAAAUUGCAACAACAAUGUCACCUCAACAGUGACCUUUCCAACAGCUCCCUGUGUCCCUGAGCAGCAGCCCUCACAGUUCAGUUGUGAUACCAACACAGCAUCAUUGUCUUGGGGUAGAACACUAGGAGCAGCAAGAUAUAUCUCCAAUGUCACUGCUCCAAAUGUGGAGACACUCACCUGCGAGACCAGCGACAUGACUUGUAAUAUUACAGAUUUCCAUUGUGGGCAGGUAUACACCGCAAUUGUCUCAGGCAUCAACACUCAGUGCAGAAGUCUAGAAAGUCUCCCCACUACAAUCACAACUGUUCCAUGCCAGCCGCAGAAUGUGACUGCUAAAAUAGACUGCACUUCUUCUGUUGCCUCUGUGAGUUGGGAUGUUGCCCCAGGAGCCCUGAGAUACUCAGCAACAUUAAAGGCAUCUGGAGGAGAGAAACUGAUGUGUAACAGCACUGAACUUGGCUGUCAGGUGAAAAACCUGCAGUGUGGACAGAUUUAUGCUGUAACUGUAACUGCUUUUAAUGAAUGGUGUCAGAGUGCAUCCAGCUCUCCAAUAGAACUUUUAUCAGUACCUUGUGUGCCCACUGAAGUCCAUCCUGAGGUCAGCUGUGAAUCUAACAUAGCCACUGUGCAAUGGGCUGUAGCCAAAGGAGCUGUGAAUUACACUGUAACGGUUACUGGGCCACUUACAGAGAGAUAUCAAUGUCAAACAGCCAACACCUCAUGCAGUUUCUCCCAGCUUUCAUGUGGUUUGGAAUACAACGCAUCAGUUGUUGCUGUGGGACACACAUGUAGCAGUGACAAAAGUGCCGGGGCUUUAUUUCAUACUGUGCCCUGUGUCCCCAGUGCUGUACAGGCAGGUGUCAACUGUGAUUCUAAUUUAAUAACCGUGACUUGGAAUUCAUCCCUUGGAGCCCUGAAUUACUCUACAGUAAUAACGGGUCCUGCUGGAGAUGCACAUGUCUGCCAAGAGGUGAACACAAUGUGUAGCUUUUCCAACCUCUCCUGUGGUUUGGAGUACAACACCACUGUCUCUGCAAAUGGAUAUACAUGUAGCAGCCAUCCCAGUGCCAUUGCAACAAUUCACACCGUUCCAUGCAGACCAGAGGACCUCAAUAUGCAAUAUAACUGCAAUGAUAACAAUGCGAAGCUCUCCUGGAAAGCAGCUGUUGAAGCGUUGGGAUACACAGCUACUGUCAGCACUCAAGACAUGGAAAAUGUGAACUGCAGCACAAGAGAGACAAGCUGUAUUGUCUAUGGGAUAAAAUGUGGGCAGAUAUACACUAUGACUGUGGAAACCUUUGGUUUAAAUUGCAACAACAUUGUCACCUCAACAGUGACAUUUCCAACAGCUCCCUGUGUCCCUGAGCAGCAACCCUCACAGUUCAGUUGUGAUACCAACACAGCAUCAUUGUCUUGGGGCAGAACACUAGGAGCAGCAAGAUAUAUCUCCAAUGUCACUGCUCCAAAUGUGGAGACACUCACCUGCGAGACCAGCGACAUGACUUGUAAUAUUACAGAUUUCCAUUGUGGGCAGGUAUACACCGCAAUUGUCUCAGGCAUCAACCCUCAGUGCAGAAGUCUAGAAAGUCUCCCUACUACAAUCACAACUGUUCCAUGCCAGCCGCAGAAUGUGACUGCUAAAAUAGACUGCACUUCUUCUGUUGCCUCUGUGAGUUGGGAUGUUGCCCCAGGAGCCCUGAGAUACUCAGCAACAUUAAAGGCAUUGGGAGGAGAGAAACUGAUGUGUAACAGCACUGAACUUGGCUGUCAGGUGAAAAACCUGCAGUGUGGACAGAUUUAUGCUGUAACUGUAACUGCUUUUAAUGAAUGGUGUCAGAGUGCAUCCAGCUCUCCAAUAGAACUUGAAUCAGUUCCAUGCAGUGCAACGGACCUCAAUAUGCAAUAUAACUGCAAUGAUAACAAUGCAGAGCUCUCCUGGAAAGCAUCUCUUGGAGCGUUGGGAUACACAGCUACUGUCAGCACUCAAGACAUGGAAAAUGUGAACUGCAGCACAAGAGAAACAAGUUGUAUUGUCUAUGGGAUAAAAUGUGGGCAGAUAUACACUAUGACUGUGGAAAGCUUUGGUGUAAAUUGCAACAACAAUGUCACCUCAACAGUGACCUUUCCAACAGCUCCCUGUGUCCCUGAGCAGCAGCCCCCACAGUUCACUUGUGAUACCAACACAGCAUCAUUGUCUUGGGGUAGAACACUAGGAGCAGCAAGAUAUAUCUCCAAUGUCACUGCUCCAAAUGUGGAGACACUCACCUGCGAGACCAGCGACAUGACUUGUAAUAUUACAGAUUUCCAUUGUGGGCAGGUAUACACCGCAAUUGUCUCAGGCAUCAACACUCAGUGCAGAAGUCUAAAAAGUCUCCCUACUACAAUCACAACUGUUCCAUGCCAGCCACAGAACGUGACUGCUAAAAUAGACUGCACUUCUUCUGUUGUCUCUGUGAGUUGGGAUAUUGCCCCAGGAGCUCUGAGAUACUCAGCAAUAUUAAAGGCAUCGGGAGGAGAGAAACUGAUGUGUAACAGCACUGAACUUGGCUGUCAGGUGAAAAACCUGCAGUGUGGCCAGAUUUAUGCUGUAACUGUAACUGCUUUUAAUGAAUGGUGCCAGAGUGCAUCCAGCUCUCCAAUAGAGCUUGUAUCAGAUCCAUGCAGUGCAACGGACCUCAAAAUGCAAUAUAACUGCAAUGAUAACAAUGCAGAGCUCUCCUGGAAAGCAUCUCUUGGAGCGUUGGGAUACACAGCCACUGUCAGCACUCAAGACAUGGAAAAUGUGAACUGCAGCACAAGAGAAAUCAACUGUAUUGUCUAUGGGAUAAAAUGUGGGCAGAUAUACACUAUGACUGUGGAAAGCUUUGGUAUAAAUUGCAACAACAAUGUCACCUCAACAGUGACCUUUCCAACAGCUCCCUGUGUCCCUGAGCAGCAACCCUCACAGUUCAGUUGUGAUACCAACACAGCAUCAUUGUCUUGGGGUAGAACACUAGGAGCAGCAAGAUAUAUCUCCAAUGUCACUGCUCCAAAUGUGGAGACACUCACCUGCGAGACCAGCGACAUGACUUGUAAUAUUACAGAUUUCCAUUGUGGGCAGGUAUACACCGCAAUUGUCUCAGGCAUCAACCCUCAGUGCAGAAGUCUAGAAAGUCUCCCUACUACAAUCACAACUGUUCCAUGCCAGCCGCAGAAUGUGACUGCUAAAAUAGACUGCACUUCUUCUGUUGCCUCUGUGAGUUGGGAUGUUGCCCCAGGAGCUCUGAGAUACUCAGCAACAUUAAAGGCAUCUGGAGGAGAGAAACUGAUGUGUAACAGCACUGAACUUGGCUGUCAGGUGAAGAACCUGCAGUGUGGACAGAUUUAUGUUGUAACUGUAACUGCUUUUAAUGAAUGGUGUCAGAGUGCAUCCAGCUCUCCAAUAGAGCUUGAAUCAGUGCCCUGUGUACCCACCCAAGUGCUGGCUGACAUAAGCUGUGAAUCUAAUGUAGUUAAUGUGUCUUGGGCCGCAACCCCAGGAGCCAUGAACUUUACUGCAACAAUAUCUGGGCCCCAAGGGCAACAGUUCAUCCUCCAUGCACUGAACAGAGCGUGUACUUUCCCACGGCUCUCCUGCGGUACUGAGUACAAUGCCACAAUUGUUGCACUGGGAAACACAUGCAGCAGUGCCUCCAGCCAGCCCAUUAGUGUACAAACAGUGCCAUGCCAACCUAGGAAUGUAAGUGCACAAAUGAUUUGCAGCCGCUCUGUGGCUAGUGUUACCUGGCAUGAAACUGCUGGAGCCUUAAGGUAUUCGUCCACGUUAACAUCAUCUAGAGGAGUGGAGUUCACAUGCAACAGCACCGAGCUGGGAUGUGAAGUCAGCAGCCUUCAAUGUGGAGAAGCAUACACAGUGAUAGUGAGCGCUAUUAAUAAUGAGUGUGAGGGCACUCCUAGUCUUCCAGCAGAAUUACUCUCAGUGCCCUGUGUGCCCAGCCAUGUCCAGGCGACAGUCAGCUGCGAGGCGAACGCGACCAUCUUGUCUUGGGCAGCAGCUGAGGGAGCUGUUAAUUACAUUGGCUUAUUAAGUGGCCCACAUGGAGAUGAGUAUGAAUGUCAAGAAGUCGGCACAUCGUGUAAUUUUACCCAGCUUUCCUGCGGCUUGGAAUAUAAUGCUACUGUUUUUGCAGUCGGACAUUCGUGUAGCAGUAGUUACAGUGAAGCCGUUGCCGUAUAUACAGCUCCCUGUGUUGCAAAUAACUUACAUACGCAAUACAAGUGUGGAGACAACCAUGCCGAACUCUCUUGGGGAGCAACUCUUGGAGCACUGAUGUACAUUGCCUCUGUCACUUCACAAGAUGGGGAGACUUUGUACUGUAACUCAACAACAACAAGCUGUGUAGUGAGCAAUAUACAGUGUGGCAAGAAAUACAAUAUGGCUGUGGAGACCUUUGGUAAAACUUGCAGAAGUAAAGCCUCUGUUGCAGGGAGCUUCACAACAGGACCUUGUGUGCCUCAGAAUUUCACUGCUGUAACUGACUGUGCGGACAACAGUGCAAUUCUAUCUUGGAGCAGAACACCGGGGGCUCUUAAUUACACAGCUCUGGCAAGAGGACCCGAUGGAAAAGACUUCACUUGUGACACAGAGUCAACCACGUGUAGAAUCCCUGCUCUGCAUUGUGGUUUCACAUACAAUGUCAGUGUAAGAGCGUUUAAUGAACAAUGUGUUGGGGAGAGCAGCACUAUCGUACAGCUUAUUACAGCUCCCUGUGUUCCUGAUGGUCUCCAAGCAGAGGUCAGCUGUGUCUCAAGCUCUUUAACUCUGUCCUGGGAGCAGAUGGCUGACGCACAUUCUUUCCAGUCCUAUCUGACCGGACAUGGCGGCCUUACUCAGACUUGCAAUUCAACAGAGAAGAAAUGUGUUUUCUUAAACUUGCCAUGUGGACAGAUUUACUCAGCAACCGUAUCUGCUUCUAACAGCCAAUGUACUGGGCCCAUAAGCAAGGCUAUCAACAUAGAAACUGCUCCAUGCACUCCUACUGCCAUAAGGAUAGAUCCCUUGUGUGGGACCACAAUGGAGUCAUUAUGGUGGGACGCAGUUGCCGGGGCUGAUAUGUAUUAUGCAGAGAUGACAGGCGUGAACGAGUGGACAAGUGAGUGUGUCACUCAAAACAGAACCUGUGACAUCAAUGGCUUGGAGUGCGGUCAGCCCUACAGCAUAACUCUCACAGCAUCCAAUUCCAGGUGCAACAGUACAGCCAGACCUGUCACAUUUUACACAGCUCCUUGUGUUCCAUCAAAUGUAAGUGCCGCGGUAGUUUGUGGAAUGAACACAGUCGAUAUCUCAUGGAGUCCAACGAAGGGAGCUUUGAAUUACACUGCGACAGUUGUUGGGCCUAGUGAAGAAUAUUCCUGCAGUGCAAAGGAAUUAACCUGCAAUGCUGAACUGCCAGAAUGUGGCCAAACAUACACUGUAACAGUCACCGCUCUACACGACCUGUGCAGCACUGACAGCUUAGCCCUGGAGUUCCACAGUGCUCCCUGCAGACCAGAAAAUGUGGCAGCCAUAAUAAACUGUGACAACAACACUGCAUCAGUGACCUGGGACUCAGCUGCUGGAGCACAAAGAUACAUCUCAAACAUUAGUGGUCCAAAUGGAGAGGCGCAUUCAUGUACCACCACACAAAGCACCUGUGAUGUCAGCGGCAUGCGAUGUGGCCAUAUUUACAAUGUCACUGUCACAGCAGUUAAUGAACAGUGUUCUAAUGAGUCCAGUGUCCCUGCUCAGCUGAAGACUGGUCCAUGUGUUCCACAGAUUCUGGAUGUGAAUUUUAAAUGUGCUUCAGAUAUCGCUACACUUUCCUGGGGUGUCACCCCCGGGACAAACAGCUAUGAAGCAACCUUAACUGACAGCAUAGGAAGGGUACUGACCUGCAACACUACGGAUAAAAAUUGUGAUAUCAAAGAUCUAACAUGCGGGGAAAAUUAUAACGCCACUGUGAUAGCAUUAAAUGACCAAUGCACAAGUGGACCAAGCCCCACAGUCAUGGUGCAUGCAGUUCCCUGCCCACCUGAUAACAUUACCACUUCAAUCUACCAUGCAAUUGUAAAGCCGCAGGAAGUCAAGGUAUCGUGGUCCAGUAGCCACUGUGGCAUUGAAUAUAUGGCCAUUGUUCAGGGUGGAAUUAAAAAUGACCCAGACACCUUGUUUACACUUGAAUCCUACUGGACAUCCUACAUGGAAUUUUAUAUUCCGGUGCCCUGCAGUUCAUCUUUUAAUGCUACUGUUGUGACUAGGAAUGGAGCUGGAGAGAGCUACCCCAGUGUUCCUGUACAAGGUUAUACAGCACCAUGUCCUCCCCAAGUGAACGUGCCAGAGGUAUCCGGUGCUACAAUGCGGAUUUCCUGGUUGGAGUCAGUAAAUGCAGAGGAGUACAGAGUAUUGAAUGCAGCUACUAAUGCCACACUCUGCGAAACAGCCAUUUUGGCUUGUGACAUUCCCUUCACAGAAACUGACAUUCUGGUUAUUGCUGUGAAUCUCUCUGGAGAGAGCAACCCAACCAUCCUUUCUGGCUAUAAUAGAACAAGUACUCCAUAACUGGCUCUAUACUGUACUGAGGCAUGUACAUUCUGCAGCUACUAGUCAUCUAUCAUCUGGCAACAACAAAGGCUACUGCAGUUUUUGUCUUUCAUUACAGAUUAAGUCAACUGUGCACUUUCAUAUACUGAUUUCUUUCCAAUACCUCAAACUACUGUCAUUUAAUAAAUCUUUA